AUGCUCCAUACCGUUAAUGAAGGUACCAGCUUAACUUAUAAAUUAGUGUUAGAAUUUGAAAACAGAGAGCAGCAGAGUAACUCAUACAAUAUAUUCACGAAUCAUUCUGAUCAAAAACAUUCAGUAAUACAUCAUACUAAGAACAAAAGUUCUGAUUCUUUUCAAGAUUGGAGGACUUCAGAUAUUAUGCUUGAACGUGUUAAUAUAACAAAGAAGAAGAACAGCGAAAGUGAUAAGGAUAUUGUCACAUCUGAAUACUUGGGCCAUGGCAUUAUCAAGUUGUUUAAAAGUGGUACAGAAACUGACAAGGAUGAUGCAGAAACAAAGGAUAUAAUUACAGUCCCUGGAGAAGACACUAUGGUUAGUAUAUUGUUUGUUCCGACUUAUUUUACAAUACAUGAUCUGCUUCAUUAUUAUAUUGGAGAUGAAAUCGUAAAUAAUCAAGUUUCCGAUUUUAGGAUACUACGAAAUAAGCAGAAGGGAUUUGGUUUUAAUUUCAUGGUAUUAAUGAAAUUUAGAGAAUCAACUGCAGCAAAGAAUUUCAAGGAUGAGUUUAAUGGUAAAAGGUUUAGCAAAAUGGAUCCGGAAACUUGCCAUGUCGCAUAUAUCAAAGAAAUCAUAUUUGCCAAAAAGUUAUUCCCUGGAGAUGAAAAGAAGGAAUUACCUUAUUUACUCAAUGACCCUUUCACAACAGUAAGAGAAAAUACAAAUGCAGAUCAUGAUGUCGAACUUCCAACCUGUCCAGUAUGCCUGGAGAGAAUGGAUUCUGAGACAACAGGACUGAUCACAAUACCAUGCCAACAUACUUUUCAUUGCCAAUGCCUAGACAAAUGGAAGAAUUCUAAAUGCCCAGUAUGCAGGCUGUCAAGUUUUAGAUUAUCCAGGGACACAUUACGAAAACAUGGUAAUAAAGAGAAAUGCUCAGAAUGCGGAUCGUCAGAAAAUCUAUGGAUAUGCUUAAUUUGUGGGCAUGUAGGUUGUGGGAGAUACAAUUCCCGCCAUGCAAUAAAGCAUUUUGAGGAAACCUCUCACUGCUUUGCUAUGGACUCUAAGACUGACCGAGUUUGGGAUUAUGCUGGAGAUAACUACGUCCAUAGGCUAGUUGAAAAUGAAGUCGAUGGGAAACUUGUUGAAUCUGUUGGUCGUGUGGAUGAUAGAAAAGCCGGCAUAGGAUCAAGUUUCCAACCAUCCACAAGUAGUAAUUAUAAAGAUGAUGACGAUAAAGACUUGCGUGUUAAUUUUAUGCGUAAUAGAGAAUAUCACUUGGAAUAUGUAGAGGUACUAAUAUCUCAACUUGAGUCACAAAGUGAAUAUUAUGAAAUGAAAAUGCAAGAUACAUAUAAAAUGACGGAUGAAAUUGAGAAUCUUAAUCAGAAGCUGAAAGAUAUGCAAAAGGAGAAUAAGAACUUGAAAGAGGUAGUAGAUAGAAACGACCAGAUAAAAAAAGACCUUGAGAGUAAGAUAAUUGAAGACAAACUGAUAAUAAAAGGUCUCCAGGAGAAUUUAGCUUUCCGUGAUGAAAAGAUAGAAUCUAUUGAGCAACGACUAAAAGAUCAAGAAGAACAAAAUAAAGAGUUACAAGAUCAACUUAAGGAUAUCAUGUUUUAUCUUGAAAGUAGAGAUAAAUUUGAUCAAGCACCAGAUGAAGUUAAGGAAGGAACCAUUUUGGUACAACCAGGGGUAACCACUACCAAAUCAAAAAAAAAGAGGAAUAAAAAGAAAGUGCCAAAACUACCUCCAAAAAUUGAUGACAUUCAAUAA